AAUCGUUUAACUUUCUUUUUGAGGAGCUAGUUUCUGAAUUUAUGAUUGUGAUAUUAUUAAUCGAAAAUAAUAAAAUAAUACGUUUAAAUAUAUCUCUUUACAACAAACUUACAAUAAAUAUCAAAUAUAAUAUAUAUACUUUAUAAUUGACAUAUUUUAAUAUAUUGUGUUCUGAAAGAACAUCUUUUAAUAUAUUUACGUUUGUAUUUUGUUUACGUCCGUUAAACAAAAGAGUGAGCGGCAUUAAAGUGAUAUUAAUUAAUAAAUGCUCAAUUUCGAUAAGGAGAUAGUCUAUCUUUACAGUGGUGUCGGCUCAGAAAAAUGGAAGAUCAUUUGUUCUACAUCACUAGAUAUUGAAAUUAUUAAAUUGAUAGAUGAAUUAUGUGAAGAAACAUCUUCAUCAAUUUAUAACGAUACUUCUGAACACAUUUCUUGUUCAUAUAGUUCAACGAACAAAUCAAGAGAUACUCUAAACACACCCAUAACACAAUCUACAUUUAGAUAUACAAAUAAUAGGACGGAUAGAAACAAUGAUAGGAUAAGUAGAGCUUCCAGUGGAAGUAAAUCUCCUUCUGAUGAUAGAUCUUUGAUUGAAGAACCAAAUGAAAUAAUUUAUCCAGAUAAUAAUUCUUCAUCCAAAAACAGCGGUGAUCCCUGGUCCGCUUACAGUAGACCUAGAUCAUUAAUGUGUCUUAUAUGUCUUGUUAAGUUACAAGUCGUACGCAGUUAUCAUAUGUUUACAACAACGAAUUGUAGACAUAUGAUAAAGUUAAUAUCUGGUGAUGCAGGACGAGAUAAUCUUACAUUUUUCUGACCCGACGCCAUUGUAAAAAUAUAUAUUAUAAAAUCAUAUUAGA